CAAAAGAACCAGCAUUGAUCACAUUGAAUUUAGAGAUUGAUAUUGAGACACUGGGCAAAAUGCAGUACAUAUAAAAUGGUGUGAGGAUGAAAACCUGUUUGAUAAAUCAAAAGUAUAUGUAUUUGACUUUAAACAUUAAGGGAGCGUAUGCUUGAAUCAAUAUAUUAUAAUUGGGAAUGAUCAAUAUUAGCUGGGUAUGCACUGACUUGGACGAAUUCAAUGCGAGAAAAUUUGCAUAUUGGGAAUAUGUGGAAACGUAGAUCAAUUUCAUCACUUUUCUUACAAGUUGGCAUGUUUGAGUUGUUGAUAAGAGGUUGAAGGGUAAUUGUGGUUGUAUGGUGUGGAAUUGCAGAGAGAAUUAUGACAGAGGCUAAGAUUUUGGGCAGGCAUGCCAUUGAAGCCCUCGGGCAAGGUUUUGACAUAACCAAUGAUUUUAGGCUCAAGUACUGCAAGAGGCAAUAUCAGUCAGGAUCUAGUUUGGUCGAAUUGGAUGAGAAAAAUGUGCAGGACAUUGUUCUUCCUGGGGGCCUCUUAAUUCCAAAUGUGUCAAGAGACAUCAGGUGUGAUAAAGGAGAACAAACGCGGUUUAAAUCUGAUAUUUUGGAGUUCAAUCAGAUGUCAGAGCUGCUCAAUCAGAAAGCCUCUAUAUCGGGGAGGAUCCCAUCUGGUCAUUUCAAUUCCAUGUAUGCAUUUACAGGGGCAUGGCUGACAGAUGCUACUGAAACAAAGCACCUAGCCUUUGAUGGCUACUUCAUCUCACUGUACAGUGUGCACCUUACAAGGUCUCCAUUGGUUCUCAAAGAAGAAGUCAAGAAGGCAGUCCCAACCUUUUGGGACCCAGCAGCACUUGCAAGGUUUAUUAAUACUUAUGGAACCCACAUAAUUGUGGAUGUGACGGUAGGAGGUCAGGAUGUUGUAUUUGUAAGGCAGAGCCAUUCCUCAACUUUAUCACCAACUGAACUCAAAAGGCACUUGGACAAUAUAGGAGAUCAGUUGUUUACAGGGACAUGUAGUCUUGCACCUCUGCAUGCAAAAAACAGAGAAAGUAGACAAAGGGUUCCUAAGGCAUUUAGCGAUAUCUUUCAACCAAAUACUCUAAACAUGGACAGCUUUUCAGCUGCAUCAAGCAAGGAUGGAAUAACAGUAAUAUGCUCCAAGAGAGGAGGACUGGUAUCUUUGCAGUCACAUUGUGAAUGGCUUCUUACAGUGCCCACCAAUCCAGAAGCAAUACUAUUUAAAUUCAUCCCUAUAACAUCUCUUCUGGCUGGUGUUCCUGGCAGUGGUUUCUUAAGUCAAGCUAUCAAUCUAUACCUCCGAUACAAGCCUCGGAUUGGUGAUUUACGGUACUUCCUUGAAUUCCAAGUUCAUCUUGAAUGGGCUCCAAUGCAUAGCGAGCUACCACUUGGGAUUUCAAGUAAAAGACUUCCAUGCCUGUCUUUGCAAUUCAGUUUGAUGAGUCCAAAACUUUAUGUCAACAUGGCCCAGGUGUCUGUUGGUAGAAAUCUUGUAAGUGGGCUUCGACUUUAUCUUGAAGGCAAGAAGUGCGACAGGUUGGCAAUACAUCUCCAAUAUCUUUCUACCCUUCCAAAGAUUCUUCAACCUCUCUGGUAUGAGACUAUCUUUUCUGAAGCACCAAGAUGGAGAGGGUCAGAUGAGAGGGACAACCAGUUUUUUGAGCCCGUUCAGAAAAAGAACUACUCUCAUAUUUGCACAGUGGCCAUCAAGCAUGAUCCCAAUUGGGUUAAGAAAGUGGGUAGAGGUGUUUUUGUUGUAACUGGAGCCCAACUUCAAGUAAAAGGAACUGGGUCAAAGAAUGUGCUGCAUCUAAAUUUGCAGUUCACAAGACUGCCCAACUGUACGAUCGAGAAGUCUAUGUGGGAUCAUGCACCUGCAGUUUCUCAGAGAUCGAGAUUCCUCACAACACUCAGUACUACCUUCUCAACAUCACAGCAGCCAUCCAAGCCCGUCCCAGUUGUGCUCAACUCAGCACAUUUUCCCAACGGCCCGCCAGUUCCUGUACAAUCCCCGAAACUUCUCAAAUUUGUGGACACCUCGGAAAUCUGCAAGGGACCUAAUGACAUCCCUGGACAUUGGUUAUUGACUGCAGCUAGAUUGGAUAUCAAUAAUGGAAAAAUAUCAUUACAAGGCAAAUUUUCACUCCUCAACUAUAGGUCACCUGUUUUUGAAGACUGCUAGAGGGAUGCAUUGUGUUGAGGUUUUGAAUGUACUGUGCAAAUGAUGUAAGUUGUAACUAUACCAUUGUAAAAGGAGGCAUUCUAUUAAUCUCAUUUAAGCAGCUUUUUUUCCCGUUUCCAUUAAAUACCUGCUCAAGGUCUCAUUAAUCCCAUCCAGCACAGGGCUUUCUAGGGUAAGCUCUUGAUUUUACAGUAUUAUUGUGGGGUCAUAGAUGAAAGGGGCAAACCAGCAAGAUUGUUUCGCUAUACACGUUAUCUUCUCCACUAGCAUAUAUCUUCUACAUUUGCAAUUCCUUUGUGCUCAAUGAGAUUGCUUGGUGGAGCAAGUUCGGGUGCUAGACCCAGAUUCCACCCUGGUAGGCUGCCUUCAGGUGCGUCUAUGUUUGACUCGUCAGCCUCUGCCAAGCUGCUCCAGUUUUGAACUCGUGUCGCUGCUAUCCGGUUGUAUGUGUUCAUGUUGGUCCUGACAGCGUUUGCCAGGCUAGUUCUUCCAAAACAGGGUUCUGUGGCUUAAAUUUGAUGUCUCGUGAUCAUAUCCAAGCUUUUUAGCUGUAAAAUAUAGUUCAGCCUAAGGCUGGUGCUCUGUAUCAGGUAGUUAAGUGGUAGCUAAAUGAUUCCGUGGGUGUGACUUUGAUUUAAAACCCUCUAACUGAAAAAAAUUAAUUUGGACCCUAAAGGAAUUACCUUUGAUGUUUCUUUAACCAUGAACCAUUGUCCAUGUAAAGGACAACGUUGAACAGAUGAGAUUUGGCCAUCAAAUUAAUCUCUUGAACCCGUCAACUUCUGCCUGGUUGCUCCUCUUCCGGAGUGAAGGAGUGAAUGAUAGGCUUAACGAGCCUGUUCUUCAAAGCUACAAUUGCCAAUCUGAAUGUAAUACUUAAGCAAUUCUAAUAAAAUGAAGACUCAAAGAAUUUAGAUUCCAAUAAAA